UUAUGUUCUCUACCGCCAUCUAGAGGUGUGGAUGAUAUUACACGAGAACAGGGACACUAGCGAUCACCUGCAACUUAAAUGUUUCUGGGUGCUUGUUAAAAUUUUUAGUUAUUAUUUUGCACUAAUAGGAUGAUUUUAUAAAUCAAAUAUAUAACGCAUAUAUGUUUUAUUUUUUAAUAGCUCACGUUAGUACUUUGGUGCUUAGGGUUUAGCUAGCCAGGCUGUUAGCAAGAGAAAAAAAUGUAUCUUUUAUACACAAUUCUCGCUGCUCUUUUGUCUUUUCUGGGAAUUAAGUGGAUGAAGCGCAGAAGGUACUGCAUGGAUGUGAAAAGACUGGAUGGAAAAACGGUUUUGAUCACCGGCGGAAACUCUGGGGUGGGCAAAGAGACUGCUGUGGCUUUGGCCCUGCGAGGUGCCCGAGUCAUCAUCGCCUGUAGAGAUGAAGACCGAGCAAGGAAAGCUGUGCGGGAGAUAAAGAACAGGAGCCACAGCAUGAACGUGCUCUUCAUGGAGGUGGACCUGGCCAACAUGAGGUCCAUCCGAGAGUUCUGCAAGAGCUUCCUGCGCAAGGAGAAGAGGCUGGACAUUCUCAUCAAUAAUGCAGGUGUGCCCAGUGUCCUGGAUUGGACAGAUGAUAAUUUCUCCAUGUGCUUUGGUGUAAAUCACCUGGGUCACUUCCUCCUGACCAAUCUUCUGCUGCCGCGACUUAAGGAGAGCGCACCGAGCCGCGUCAUCACCCUCACCUGCUCCAGCUACAAGUACCAGAAACUGGACUUCCAGGAUCUGAACUACAACCUGUUCCCUUUUUUCACCUACUGCCGCAGCAAACUGGCAAACAUCUACUUCACCCAGGAGCUGGCUCGCAUCACAGAGGGCAAAGGAGUGACUGCUUACGCUGUGCAUCCUGGUUAUGUGCAGAGUAACUGGACGUGCCACUACUCCUUCCUGUACCGGCUGCUGAUGAAGGUGAUCAUGUUUAUGUUUUUCGUGCCGUGCGAGGCCGGGGCGCAGACGGUCGUGCACUGCGCCGUAUCGGACGAGGUCUCGGCUCACAGCGGGGGAUACUUCAGUGACUGCAAAGCCACCUCAUUAAAACCGUAUGCCAAAGACAGCGGCGUGGCCCGAAAACUCUGGGAGGCGAGCGAGAGACUGGUCAAAGUUCCCUAAGAGCUGCCUGAUUAUCAGAGUAUUGGAUUUUUGAAAAAAUGUUUAUUUAUAAAGUAUUUCCAAAUGACAUGUUUAAAGUGUUUGGCUACUUGGCUACUGAUGUGACUCAUGAAGUUUGACCUGCUUUUUUGCUACAAUAAAAACACACUGGAUGGACA